GUCAUUUGACUGCAGGAAAGGAUUUUAAUGUGUUCAUCUCAAAUGAGGUCAAAGUAAAUAGAGAGUAGGCCUAAUGUAGUAGACCUAGUACAAUGCAUAAACCAUAAACCCACACAUUUGCUUAACACACACGAAUGUGACUUAACCACACAUUGCUUAACACACAUGAAUGUGAGUUAAGAGGCACGUGAAUUACCCCAUCUAAUGCGAUUUAUAUAAAUCUCUGACGAACCCGAAUUGCAUAACUUGCCCCAAAAGCUCCUAGAUCAUUAUUUCCCUGUAAAUAUGCUGUGUCUGCCCGAGGCCAACCAUAAUUUCAACAAUCCACAGGCCAAAACAGUGGCCAGACGUGGUUGGUGCUAGUGAUUCUCCAGGGACCCUUCGGCUGUUUCAUCUGCAGUUGACGAGAUGGAGAGAUUAGUUUUCUUGUUUUCUCUGAUGGCCCUUGCAGUCCUUCACUGCAUGAACACCACUCCAGAGUUCCAAGAGCCUGUUGUGAUACUGCAGAUUGGUAUUGCAGUGUUGGUGGUGGUGUGGUUCUUCUACUUCCUUAUCACCCGACGCAACCCGCCCAAAGACACCCUUUUCUAUGUGUUUGCUGAGUUUUCCUUCACUUGUGUCAUUGACCUUGUGAGUGCUAUGGAACAUGAUGGUUUUAUUUCCGGGUUUAUGGAAUUCUACCAGAAAACGGGAGAGCCCUAUCUGGGUACAGCCUAUGCCAUCAUGAUGUGCUACUGGGAUGGAAUAGUGCAUUUCAUCAUGUACCUCAUGAUGAUACAGCGCUUAUGGAACAGCAAGUCUUACCGCACCCUGGGUCUCUUCUGGGCUGGAUCGUUGUUUGCCAACAUGAGUGUCUUUGUGACAGGAAUUGUUGUAGGUAAAUUUGGAUCAGAUAUCCGUCCCGCCUUCUGGCUCAACAUGCCCUUCCUAAUGCUUCCAAUAUGGGGUGCGAUCAAGCUGUUCAACCAGCCCAAGAAUGGGCCAACCCUCGGUGGAUACAGGGCCCACUAUGAUCAGAGUUUUAAUCUCAUCUGGCGCCCAACAGACCUUCUCCUGGUGCUGCUGCUACUGGGGGCCAUGGCCUUCACUCUCUUCAGGGGCUUGGUAGCUCUUGACUCCCCUCUAGAGGCCUGUACCAUCUACCUCCGCCAGUACGAGCCCUAUCUGAAGGACCCAGUGGGCUACCCCAAGGUUAUGAUGUUGCACUUCCUGUUCUACAUGCUGCCUAUGCUGGGUGCCUUCAUCUACGGACUCGUAGUGCCUGGCUGCACCUGGAUGCCUGACUGGACUGUAUUUGUUGCUGGAGGCGUCGCCCAGUGUCAGUGGGCCCACAUUGGGGCAUCCCUCCACCCACGUACAGUGACCCCAUUCCGGAUCCCAGACGAGGCUUUCCUGGCUGUCCUGGCAGCCAACCUGCUGUACGCUGUGAUCCCCUCACUCAUCGCCAUGCGCUGCACCAGUAACACCAACUUCUUCUUGACCGUCACUAAACUUCCUGGGAUGGAGGGGAUGCCCUGGGUUCCUGAUGCUGACACCCUAGUCGAGAAGAAACACAAUUAAAGUUUACAUGCCAAUAAAGUUACCAAUAAAGAUAUGCAAAAACGAAUGCGGCAGCCAGGUACCGGUACUGAGAAAUCCCUCCAAAAUCACUCACUCCAGUCAAGACAUCCUUAGAUGCAUUUCAUUUCAGUCGGACAAGAUCAAAUUCAAGCACCAGGGAGAGAGAAAGAAGGGGAGGGCUUUCAUUCCCACCCCCCCCAGUGAGAAUAAGCGUCGGAGUGGUGUUCAUUCAUCUGCUGCUACUUUUCAUCAGCAGGGGCUGAUUGGCAUUACCAGUCAGGGUGUGUUUUUGUGGACGUACAUCUCAUUCAACAUGAGUCACUCAACCCUAGUGGAACACAGAUCAUUGUCGUGUCUGCCUGCCCUUUGGAAAGAAAGUCACUCUCUCAGGCUAGGUAUACCAGACGGCUGUUUGUUUGUCAUUUUAUUUCUCCUCUGUGGCAGUGCCUUCAUGACGCUAGCUCUCCUCGCUAGCCUGAUCCCAGAUCUGUAUGUGUAUGUGCUUUAUCAUCUUUAUCAUGACUAUCUGACUAUCCAGUUACUUGUCAUCAUGGUUAAUGCUAUAAACCUAUGGAACUAGGUUUGCCCCUUCCUCUCUUCUCUCCCUAAGUGAUGUCAUUCUGUUCUAGCUAUUCUCUGUGCAGGUGGCCCAUUGCUCUUCUGAUAUAAAAAGAUCUCGAAUGAA